CCUUUCUGAUAAAAGUAGCUCUCUUGCUAGACAAGUUCUCUAGGGUUUUAGGGUUUUGGCCUUGGGGGCGGAUCAAUGGACUCUGAUGAAGCCAAGCUCUUCGUCGGGGGAAUCUCUCGGGUGACAAGUGACGACACUCUGAAGAGACAUUUCGAAAAGUACGGCACCGUAUUGGGCUCGUCAAUUGCGAAGGACCGGGUCACCAAGAAUUCUAGAGGGUUUGGAUUCGUUUGGUUUUCUGACCCCGCUGCAGCUGGUCAAGCCCUUCAAGACUCGCAUGUUAUACAGGGAAAAACGGUAGAAGUGAAAAAAGCAAUACCCAGAAGUGAACAACAACACCAAAACCAACCACAGAAUAGGGGAUUGAGUAAGAGUAGUAGUACUGACAAUGGCGAUAAUCAGUUUAGGACUAAAAAGAUUUUUGUAGGGGGUUUGUCAGCUAGUCUAACUGAGGAGGAGUUUAAGAAUUACUUUAAGAGGUUUGGUAGGGUAACAGAUGUAGUGGUCAUGCAUGACAGCACAACUCAUCGGCCUAGGGGCUUUGGCUUUAUCACCUUUGAUUCGGAGGAAUCCGUGGAGAAUGUUAUGCAGAAUAGCUUUCAUGAGCUGAAUGGUCGGCUUGUGGAGGUCAAGAGGGCUGUGCCAAAAGAGGCAAAUAACGGUAGUGACAGUGGUUUUAACACGAGAAUUGAGGGUGGAAGAGGGUCUCCUGGCAGUUACUCUCCUUAUAGUCUCAGAUAUUGGAUUCUUCCCGGAUAUGCGCCCUUUCCUGGGUUUAGUGGUGGUGGGGGCUCCCUUUAUGGAGCAAGUAUGUAUAGUGGUUGGUAUCCUACAGGCGGAUCUGGUGGUGUUGGUUCUGUGGUUGCUCCACUUGCCCCUAGAAAUCCAUGGUAUGGCCCCAGGGUGAUUGGUGCUGGGGCUUUCCCGUUGCCUCAUGGCAGUGCUUCCAUUUAUCCUGCGUACUUUACUGGGGGGGUUGGAGGUAUAGGUAUGGCUGCAGGUGCAUAUAAUGGGAUCGUUGGGCAUAGUGAAUUGGAAAGCGAAUCUGGUUCUUGGUGGCAAUGAACACGUUACACGUGCCAGGUGAUGCAACACCACCUCGUGUUUAAGGGUUAAUGUCAGCUGCUGAAUCUUCAGGUUUGAAGGGAAGCAAUGGUGCUACUUUUAGCAAGAAAGCCUAAAGAAUCUAGAUGGAUGAUUUGAGCCUAACCCUGUAGGUAAUUCUAGUCGAACUCUCUGCACCUAUUUGGUGGGUAUUGAGAGGUUAGUAAAUAUGUUUACUGAUGGGGCUGGGUGAUUAUUUGUCAUUGUUUCUUAUGGUACGUAGAUUAAACCAUCAUUGUUCAGAUGUCCUUAUUGGACAUGCUGCUUGCUGUGUGUCAUCUCCUGCUUUAAUGAUUCAUUGGUACAGGAUUGUGUCUUCUGUAAUAUAAUCGCAUUCAAAAUCCAACUCCUUUGUGUUUUUCUUCUCUAACUACAUGCUAGAAUAGUGAAGUGAUUGUGAACUAAGGUUGAAUGUAAAGCACUUGCAUGCUCAUUAAAAUCAUUUUUAUUUGU